UAUCGCAUUCUGUAAAAAGAUUUGAUUCAGGAAGUAUUUAAUUCCUCCAGAUGUUCUGGGCUCCCAAUGAACUUCAUAUGGUUCGAAAUAGCUCAGUUUGUGAUGAAACCAUCGUACACAGGGAACAUCUCAGGAAGCAGUUUUCAAUCGUCAAACCAGCUCUUGAACGUUUUCCACAUUUGUUUGGAGAAAUCAAGUUGGAGGAUUUCUUGCAUGCUUCUGCAUUGGUUUCAUCUCGAGCUUGGCAGACUUCGAGAGGUGUAUCACUGAUUCCAUUUGCAGAUUUCCUUAACCAUGAUGGUGAUUCUGAUUCUAUAUUAGUAUACGACGAACAGAAAGAUGUUUCAGAGGUCAUUGCGGACAGGGACUAUGCUGUCGGUGAACAGGUUAUGAUAAGAUAUGGGAAAUACUCGAAUGCCACACUAGCACUUAACUUCGGAUUUACACUUUCCAGAAACAUAUACGACCAGGCACUUGUUUGGAUAGAUAUGCCAGAACAAGAUCCACUCUACAAAAAGAAGAUUGACAUAUGGCAAAAGCAUCAGACUCCAAAAUCUGAACACAUAUGCAGCCCUGGUUGCACUAAAACUUCUUUUGCCAUAAAAGAAGUCAAAUACUCUGGAGACAAAGGGAUUGGGGUUCCCCAGAUCCUUCGUGCAUUUGUCCGGGUUUUCUAUGCCACCUCAACUGAAGAAUUGGAGGAGAUGGCCAUGGAGGCUGCUGAAAAUGAUGGUCGGCUUGCGAGGCGUCCUCUGAAGCAUGCGGAGAGAGAAGUCCAUGCUCACCGCAAGUUGCUUUUGCACGUUGACAACAUGAUUCAGGGUCAUUCUACGGCUAUUGAGCAACUUGAAAUUGUUGAUGGCACUGCAUCUUGGAACAUGCAUCCAUUCAGAAAAGAGAUGGCCAAAGAUAUACUUGCCGGCGAACUACAGGUUUUGCAAAGCGCUCAUGCAUGGGCUGCAAACUAUUGUGAAACUGUGAACAUGUCAUGAUCAUCUCAGCUUUAUAGGAGGAUGAAAGGGCGAGUAGCAUCACAGGCCCUGCUCAGAUUCAUGGCAUUUGCUGGCUACUUGGAUCUCUGGGCGCUUUGGUUCAUAUACAAUGCCAGAGAAAUUGAGGUGUGUAGCGUGCUUGCAGAAAUGUUAUGCAUGCUCAGAAUUUUGUUGAUAUAGAAUGCUAGUGAAAUUGAGGUGUAUGUAGCGUGCUUGCAGAAAUGUUAUGCAUGUUAAGAAUCUAGGAAUUUUGUAAGUUUGAUAUUUCUCCAAUAAAAUUUAUGCAUUCCAAAUGGCCCCAUGCGAAAAUUUGAUUACGGACCAAAUUGGCUCCUUGUAACAGCAUGCAAUGGUGCAUGGCUGCAUUAUAUUUGGUCCAUCACUUCCAUUGCACUUGAUCCUUCUGCAUGCCUUCCUUUAACCUCUCACAAUCCUUGCUAUAUUUAGCCCUUGGUAUAUUUGCAAUGAAUGGACUUGGCUAUCAGCCGCUCAAUGGCAUCUCCUCCCUCAUCCUUUCUUUUCUUCUCAUCUCCCACUUGUCUCUUUUCUCGUGGUAUUGUCGAUCAUGUAUAGCAGAAAAGAUUAAUGCCAACAGAUUGGAAGAUUGGAUUCUGGAGGAGGAAGAAGAGGCAGAGAAGGCAGGAUGCUGCAGCGGGCCGCGAGCAAUGCGUACUCAUGGUGGUGGGCGAGCCACAUCCGCACCAAACAGUCCAAAUGGCUCGACAAUCACCUCCAAGAUAUGGAGCACAGAGUCAAGUGCAUGCUCUUACUUCUUGGAGAGGAGGCCGAUUCCUUUUCAAAGAGAGCAGAGAUGUACUACAAGAGGCGGCCUGAGGUGAUCACUCAGGUAGAAGAAGUAUACAGGGCAUACAGGGGCCUUGCCGACCGGUAUGACAUCAUGUCAGGGGAGCUGCACAAAGCAAACCACACAAUCGCAACAGCCUUCCCUGACCAGGUUCAGUACGCGAUGCUGCAAGAGGAGGAUGACAAUGUCCCAAAGGCAUUUACCCCGGUUGACCCGCGCAA